ACGCGACCAAGCAACGCGAGAACGGCUGGCAAUGCAAACAAGCCCAUCCGAUACGGCAACCCUUUUUCAUUGUCCUAGAUCACCGUAUUCCUGAGACCCACAUUGAUCUCUUGCCAUCUUGCACAUCUGAACCGCAGUGCGCCAGUUCAAUCAAAGCCAAAGUUUGGCUACUUCGCGUCGCGUCCGGUAUACGCGGUAACCUCGAAUCCCAUCCAAACGCAUACAUUUCUCGCCACCGCGUCGUCGCUCAUUUCGCUUUCAGCAGUUGGCGCAACAUCUCUACAACGGAAACUCGAUAUGGCACCGAAAUCUCCUGCUAGGCGCAACAAAGCGCGACCCUCACGAGGCGGGAGAGCUAGUAUUGGUGAUAGAAGGGAGUCUGGCAAGCGACUUGGAGCGCCAGGACCUGCGCCUGAUCGCGCAAAAAAGCGGUAUAAGCCUGGUACCGUGGCUCUCCGUGAGAUCAAGCGUUACCAAAAGUCAACUGACCUGCUUUUGCUGAAGCUCCCUUUCCAGCGUCUUGUCCGUGAAAUCGCCCAAACAGUCACAAGCGAAGAAGGACCCAACAGAUGGCAGAGUCAAGCCAUCAUGGCCCUACAGGAAGCUACUGAAGCCUUCCUGGUCAACCUAUUCCAUGAUGCCAAUCUAUGCGCCAUUCAUGCAAGGCGCGUCACCAUUCAGCAAAAGGACAUACAGCUCGCACGUCGCCUGCGCGCAGCCUGGGGUGCUCCGGUCUAGUUUGGAGCGGAGAGUCGUAUGCAGAUACCCAAUUUUAUUUUUCAUAGAUAUUGUUUUCGAAUUUGCAAGUAGGGGCUAUAGCAUGAAGUGCUGUAUAGGAGUUGGCUUUUGCGUGUCUGGAUAAGUACCUAUUUAUCAGCCAAGUUACGUACACGACGGCGUUACUUUACUUUUGCAGUACUUGAAAGCUUUCACAGCGCACUACACGCACAGGAGGUCAGUAGCCUAUGCUUACCCUCGAUCCUGAUAUCAUGUCCAAAACUGUGCAGAGUCGGCUACAGUAACCAGCUCUAAUGUAACUAGUAACACCUGUUCAGCGUAUCACGACUUGAACCUU